AUGUUGCAGCAAGCGUCUAGGGGGCCCCCAGAAGGAGCGAGGGAGCAAGAAGCUUCUUUCGUCUCUCCGAUUCCUGCCAGAACAUUUCAGUCCACAGACACGGCAUUUAAAGGCCUUGUGGAACCCCCAGUAUUUGAUGUUGCUCCAGUAGAGCCGAAAGUCAUAGCGGCGAAGUUUCAUGCUCCCACAAGCGCGCCUCGGAGGGUCACAGUGGAACGAAGGCGCCGGGCGUACGAGGCAUACGACAUAGAACAGUUACUUGUGGAGCGCGGCAUCAACUACAAGGACCCAUCGUUUGAAGCAAAGAGCUGGCUUCCACUUGAGCCAUUCGAUGAUACAACGUUUGACGACCGUUCACCACAAGAAUGGAUGGCCCUUUGCAAAGCUCCAGACGGGUCGUUCCUGCCUUUGCCUGGAAAGGGCCUUCGGCGAGACGGCGCGGGAGACUGCAAGUGGGAGGCUUGCCGUGUGUACGCAUAUGAUGAGGUCUCUAACAAAUUUCAUGUUCAAUUUUGCGAUCGCAAAGAUAACGCCGAGUUGUUGAGGAUUGAGCUUCUAUUCAAGAGCGAGGACCCAGUCAAGUUUGCUGACAGGCUGCAAGCGGCGCAUAAGUCAAGGGCUGCUGCGGAGAGUCUUAUCCAAUAUAAUUACUAUAUAGACAAUAUGCCCACAAGUGACAUCCCUGGCUUGGAUGAAGUGCAGAAAAAGCGAGUGAUGGAUAAGGCUUUGAGUUGUCCUCGGACACGCCGAUGCAAAACAGCCACCGUAGAUUCUUUGCUAAAAGAAGUCAACACCUACUUCGCUAGGACGAUGAACAAAAUUGCUUUUGACAUCUUUCUUGACCGAAAUAAAGACAAGCGACUGCGUACGGACUUACAGUUACCCCCAGCACCGAAGCCACGCCCACCGUCAUGGCAUGCAUUGGUCACGGUUCCAACGUACGACUUUUCAAAAGCGUUCGCUUCCUUUUGUUCUACUUCCCUUUACGUGAAAACUGAGGUCAUAAGGGCCAUGGUCGGCAUACGUGAAGAAUGCGUGGACGUGUUGGAGAAACGUAUUUUUAAUACGUCAUUCCCAAGAGCAGUAAAGCUUGAUGAAUUCCGCCAGAUGCAGCGAGCUUCGAUAAGUCAGGUCACAUACUUUUUGCAAGAAGCAUGGGCGUCUAAACUGCACGAAAUUAUCGACACCAACCUGCGUCAUGUUGGAAAAGGGUGGUUUAACAUAUACGAGUUUAACAAAGAAACAUACGAGUACGGAAAAAUCAAGCGAAUGCUUAUCUUGACUCGACUCUUGAUGAGGGACGCCCUACGGGUUAUGGCAACGCGUUCUAUAGAAGAUUUGGUGGAGCUCUUCCGGACCUCAACGCCUGAAACAGUGAACAUCAGGUCUCUUUCCGAUGUCCAAAACGUCUACCAUGAGUCGCGAGUCAAGUCCCUUGAGCGCAAGCUGCUGUGGAAGGGCCUUUUCUUUGUCGAAGUUACUCGAUCUCCUGAUGGGUCACAAUUUGUGUUGACACCGCAACCAGAAGCAUUUGUAGAUGCUGCGGACGAGUUUUUUGACAGAGGGCAAGUCUCAAACAGGCAUUUGGAAGCAAGCAAACAAAAUAUUUUGAGGCUCAUCGAGCUGCAUUUCCCGUUUCUUCAAAAGCUCAUAGACCACUUCCAGCCAUUUGUUGAUAUUCUCUGCCUUUGUUCGGCUGAUGUUGUGGCGGAAACGGAGCAAAAAGCUUCAGUAGGGAGUGUUGCAGAAACUUUCAGGCAGGCUGUGCUGGGCUAUCAUGAGAGAAUUAGGCAAAUAGAAGAAGACAUUCCUGCUUCAGUUGUCGUUGGAGUGUUUUGCGUUGGUUGUGAAGACAUAAAAAGCAGCUUGAAAUCAACCGUUCGAAGCGUUUCACAGCUUCUUCUCGAUGUACUAGCAAAACGCUUCCGUGAUCAGUGCAAACAAACACUGGAGGAGUUUAAGAGGAUCACAACAACACUGCGGCAGCAGCCUACGGGAAUCGAAGAGCUCACAGAGCUGAGAGAGUUUAUGGACGAUACCCCAACAAAACUCGAGGCACUCGCCGUCGACAUUAAAGCAGUGCUACAUAUCUUUGAUGUGCUAGAAUCCUUUAAAUACAGGCUCCUUGUGGAGGAUCAUAAUCUGCGCUGGAAACUUUACGGGUCGCCGGCUGAGAUCCUCGAGCUGUCAAAUGAAGUGGCAUCAUCCCUUGUCAAGGAGAGAGCUCGUUUCUUAGAUGACAUGCUAGUUCAGCAGUGCGAGUUCGCAGCCACCAUUGCAGACCUUGCUGACGUUGUUGCUGGCUUUGCAAACUUCACGGACAUGUCAAAACUUGCGGAGGUAUACGACAGCGUCCUCGCGGUUGGAGAGAGGAUUGAAAUGAGCAUUCAGCAGGCCAAAGUGUUCAACCACAGGGAACGUCUUUUCGGGAGAGAUGUGACGGACUACACCUCCUUAACAAAGAUCCAAAAGGUAUACGGGGGAAUAAAAGCACUAAAGCGGGUGGAGAAAAUUUUGCAGGAACGCGGCCUCCCCGAGGUAUUCGCCAAAGCCUCGCAAGUCACUAACGAGCUUGUCGAGUUCAAGCCGCUAGUCCCGAUCAUUGUUUCCUUAAGAAACGACGGAAUGCGUGAACGCCAUUGGAACAAACUUUUCGAACGCAUUGGCGAACCUCACCUGGACGAGGGCGCCAGUCUUACCCUAGGUGCCUUGUUGAACAAAGGGAUUGCAGAAUGCACGGACUUCGUAGUGGAACUGGGAGAGCUAGCGACUAAGGAAAGCUACCUUGAAAAGGCCCUUCAAACGAUGAAAGCCGAAUGGGAGCACAUCAAGUUCGAAUUUCCCGAGACAUACAAGGACACGGAUACCUACAUCCUGAAAGGCACAGAAGAAAUCGUUGCAUUGCUUGAUGAACAUAUCAUGACUACUCAGGGAUUGCAAUUUUCGAUUUACAAGAAACCACUCGAGAAAGAGAUUGAUGAGUGGGCAACUCUUAUCAUGACGGCGUCCGAAACCCUUGAUGAGUGGCUCAAGUGCCAGAGAGCUUGGCUAUACCUGCAACCAAUCUUCCACUCACCUGACAUACCUAAGCAACUUCCAGCAGAAACGAAAAGGUUUUUCACAGUUGAUACUGCCUGGAGAGUCCUCAUGCGGCAUACAUACGAAGAGCCCCUGGUGUUAACGGCAUGUACAACGCCUGGCCUCCUGGACAAGCUCCGCGAAAAUAACAGGCUAUUAGAACGCGUGCAGAAAGAGCUGCAAUCAUAUCUAGAACUCAAACGCAGCCAGUUCGCUCGAUUUUACUUUCUUUCAAAUGACGAAUUACUUGAGAUUUUGUCGGAGACGACGGAUCCACUAAAAGUUCAGCCAUUCCUAUGCAAGGUGUUUGAGAACAUGAAUGAGCUGGAGUUUUCCCCGGAUCUUGUGGCUACCGCUAUGUUCUCCGCAGAGGGCGAAAGGAUGGCGUUCGUGAAAGGUCUCAUAACAGCAGGUAGAGGCGUUGAGACGUGGAUGCAAGAUCUGGAGCAGAUAAUGAAAUUGUCAGUGAGGGAAUCACUGCACAAAGCUAUACUUGACUAUCCCACAUCUGAGCGGACAACGUGGGCAACGAAGCAUGCUGGCCAGUGCGUCCUGAACGGCAGCCAGGCGCAUUGGACAGCUCUGGUAGAAGAUGCGAUUCAAACUGGACAACUUAAGAGCUUUAUGGAAACUCAAACGCAGCAACUCCUGGAUCUGGUAGCGCUCGUCCGGAAGGGGCUCAGCCCUAUGCAGAGCAUUACCAUCGGGGCACUUAUUGUUAUUGACGUGCAUGCCAAAGAUAUUGUGCAGCGCCUUUGGGAGGAAGAAGUCUCCAGCGUGGAAGCAUUUGAGUGGAUCGCCCAGCUGAGGUAUUACUGGAGAGAUGACAAUUGCUGGGCUCAGUGUGUGCAAACCGACUUCCCAUACGGAUACGAAUACCUCGGGAACACCUUCCGGCUGGUAAUCACUCCACUUACAGACAUGGCCUAUAUGACGCUGCUGAGCGCUCAACAGCUAAAUCUUGUAGCACUGACAUUCCAACACGUCAACACAGUGCUGAGCACCUGCGGGGGUGGUAGUGCUGCCUCAGGAGGAUCGCUGGCAGGCCCUGCAGGGACCGGGAAAACGGAAACAACAAAGGACUUGGCGAAAGCCUUGGCAACCCAGUGUGUAGUUUUCAAUUGCUCGGAAAUGAUGGACUUCAUAAUGAUAGCAAAAUUUUUCAAAGGAUUGGCCUCCUCAGGGGCCUGGUGCUGCUUUGAUGAAUUUAAUCGAAUCAACAUAGAAGUCUUAUCCGUCAUAGCGCAGCAGCUUGUCGUGCUUUUUGGGGCAAAAGCUCAGCUUCAGGGCUACGGGAUGACCCUAGAGAUCGAUUUUGAAGAUUCGCGCAUCGUCGUGGAGCCAACAUUUAACGUGUUUAUUACCAUGAACCCUGGUUACGCCGGCAGGACGGAACUGCCAGACAAUCUCAAGUGUCUUUUCAGGCCUAUGGCCAUGAUGGUGCCCGAUUACUCGAUGAUCGCAGAAAUCAUGUUGUACAGCUUUGGAUUCGACCAAGCCAGAGAACUAGCAACAAAGAUGGUGGCAACAUUCAAGCUGUCGUCAGAACAAUUAUCCUCGCAGGAUCAUUACGACUAUGGCAUGAGGGCAGUUCGAUCAGUCAUCAAUGCUGCAGGGGUUCUGAAAAGGAAGCACUGCACCAUGGAUGAGCAAAUGAUUCUGUUGCAGGCCUUAAGAGAUGUAAACGUCCCAAAGUUUCUGUCUCAUGACCUCCCGCUGUUUGAAAAUAUCAUAGCGGAUCUAUUUCCCGGUGUUGAGGUACCCCGUGCGGACAACCAAGUUCUUCAAGAAGCACUGCUACGCCAGGCAGAGGUGUUAAAGCUACAGCCAGUUGAACCUUUUAUGAGGAAGGUGAUGCAGCUGUACGACACCGUUCAAGUCCGCCAUGGCCUCAUGCUGGUGGGCCCAACAGGAGGAGGCAAAACAAGCAGCUACCGCCUGCUAGCUGCCGCCAUGAGCGAACUGUAUAAAGUCCAAGGAUUUGCAAAGGUCCAUGUAAACGUGCUGAAUCCCAAGUCUGUGACCAUUGGGCAACUAUACGGAUGUUUUAACGAAACAACCCACGAAUGGACAGAUGGUCUAGCUGCGGCACUGAUCCGUCAUGCUAUCCGCGACACUUCUUCCGAUCAGCAUUGGAUCAUGUUUGACGGUCCGGUAGAUGCUUUGUGGAUUGAGAGCAUGAACUCUGUUCUGGACGACAACAAGAAACUCUGCUUGAACUCAGGAGAAAUAAUUUCCCUCACUAACAGAACGGUUAUGAUGUUUGAGGUUAGCAACGAACUAUGGGUUGGGGUCUACAAAAUAUACGGCACUCCAGAAUACCAACCGCAUAACCACUUACCAGCAGCUUCUGCACUGCUCCACAGAGUCGAAGACUUAUCCGUAGCCUCUCCAGCGACUGUCAGCCGUUGUGGAAUGGUGUACAUGGAGCCAGAAGUCCUGGGGUUUUCGCCGUUAGUCGUUUCUUGGUUGAAGGCACUCCCUCCAACGUUUAAAGAUGCUCACAAGGCGCUCAUUGAGAAACUUGCCAGUGACAUCUUUCCAGGAGGUAUUGCAGUUCUUAGAAAACAGUGCAAGGAGGUCGUCUCAACAGUAAACUCCAAUCUGUGCGUCUCGUGUCUUCGGAUGCUCGGCUCCAUCUGUUCUCGCUAUCGUCCGGUAGACAAGCCAGCUGACGCUGAGCAAGGCGAUGCCUUGUAUGGGCGCCUCCCGGCUGCAUUUAUUUUUAGCUUCAUCUGGUCAUUUGGCAUUACCGCAGAUGGUUCCGGCAGGAAGAAAAUAGACGAUUGGCUUCAAAGCCGCGUACAGGAGCUCGGGCUUGAUAUUGGGCACUUAGAUGCUGGUUGCAGCCUUUAUGAUUUUUGCUAUGACAUCAACAACCACCAAUGGACCCCUUGGGGGAAUACAGUCCCAUCAUUUGUUGUCCCGAAAGGCGCAUCGUUUGACCACAAGGGCUGGUAUGAUCGUAAAGGGUUGACAUUUCAGGAAGUUGUGGACGUGGGUAUGGUGGCUGCUAUGGGCCCACCAGGAGGCGGGCGAAACGAAAUAUCCGCGCGCCUGUUGAGGCACUACUGUGUCUUAGCAUUCGAUGAGCUCCAGCGGGCUUCAAUCGCAACCAUCUUCCAAACACUCAAUAGGCAUUGCUUCCAGCAGUUUCCCCCAGACAUUCAGGCCCUCACUGAUCCUCUGGUAUUAGCCACCAUUGAUCUCUAUGCAGAAGUCACGAAGACCUUGCUUCCAACUCCAAUGAAAUCUCAUUAUACAUUUAACAUGCGUGAAGUUUGGAAGGUGUUUCAAGGGCUUGCAUUUCUUUCUCCAAAAGUAGUGAAGGAACCGGCCGCUGUCAUCAGAUGCUGGAUCCAUGAAACGUGCCGCGUCUUCUGCGAUCGCCUCGUUGACGACGAUGACAGGAAAUGGUUCUACGACCUCCUUCAACGGCAGGCCAAACGAACUUUUGAUGUCGAAUUCGCCGACGUAAAGGAGAUGUCGUCCAUGAUUUUUGCUGACUUUGUUCAGCAGGCGUCAAAUAGGUACUACUUGGAGGUUUCCUCUGCUGAAAAGCUUAAGCAAGUCGUCGAGGAUUACAUGCAAGACUACAACAAUACUUUCGCAGUUCCAAUGCAGCUCGUGAUGUUCAGCGAUGCGUGUGCCCACGUGGCGCGAAUCUGCCGCGUACUUCGGCAGCCGUCUGGGCAUGCGCUUCUUCUAGGAGUACGAGGCUCAGGACGCCAGUCUCUCAGCCGCCUUGCAGCUUUUAUCAUGGAGACGGAGUGCUUUCAGAUAGACGCCACCAAAGGCUAUGGUAUGGUGGAAUGGAGGGAGGAUCUCAAAAAGUGCUUUAUGAAAUCUGGGUUGGAGGACAAGCCGCAGACGUUCCUGUUUUGUGACUCUCAAAUUUUGGGGGAAUCCAUGUUAGAAGACAUAAACAGUGCUUUAAAUUAUGGGGAUGCUCCCAAUAUAUACAAAAAAGAAGACAUGGAGGAAAUAAUGAAAGUUUGUCGGGUAUAUUGUAAGCAACUUGGCGUGUCCCCAACGAAGGGAAACGUUUUUAAUGCGUAUGUCAAGAAGGUCAAGGCAAACCUGCAUAUUAUCCUGGCGAUGAGCCCUUUGGGAAUCCACUUUCGCACUUGGCUCAGGAUGUUCCCUUCUCUGACCAACUGCUGCACUAUCAACUGGUUUUCUGAGGUGGAAAAGACCAUGAUUCAGAUUCAGCAAGAUCAUGCAGUUGCAGACGAAACAAAAAAAAUCGUAGCCCGGGAUGAGGCGGCUGCAUCGAAAAAGGCAACAGAAACUCAAGCUCUUAAGGAUGAUGCGCAACGGGAUUUAGACGAAGCCCUUCCGGCACUCGAAGAGGCUGUGGAAUGCGUUAAAAAGUUAAAGUCAGACCACAUACGAGAAGUUAAGGCUUUGUCGAAACCUCCAUCAGGCGUUAUUCUUACUAUGGAAGCGGUGUGCAUCAUGUUUGGGGUGCCUCCAGUAAAGAAACCUGACCCUACGAGGCCUGGCCUAAAGAUUGAAGACUACUGGGAAUCUGCCCAGCAUAAACUCCUGAAGGACCCCAAAAAACUCCUGGAAGAUCUCUUAAAAUAUGACAAGGACAAUAUCCCGGAAUCCAUAAUAGCAACGAUCAGCCCCUAUAUUGAAAGAACCGACUUUGACCCGACGGCCAUCCGCAAGGCAUCCGUUGCUUGCGAGGCCAUUUGCAUGUGGGUCCGAGCAAUGUUUAAAUACUACCAUGUUGCAAAGACUGUCGAGCCGAAGCGGGCGAAGCUGCAACAAGCAGAAGCAGAGUUGCUGGCAACCACGGAAAAUCUCAACAAGACUAAGGCCAGGCUCAGAGAGGUGGAGGAUAAAAUAGAGCGCCUCGCUGCUGAUUUUGCCCUUGCUGUCGAAAAAAAGGAACAACUUACUAAGGAGAUUCAAAGCUGCCAGAGGAAAAUACAGAGGGCUGAGCCCCUUCUGGUAGGGCUGGCAGACGAAAAGCACCGCUGGGGGGAGCAGGCAUGCCUAUCAAAGGAGCUCCGCAGUUAUGUAUCAGGCCAUGCUCUCAUCAGCGCAGGGAUGCUGACCUAUGCUGGACCGUUUACAGCAGCAUAUCGUGGAGAGCUGGAGACGCAGUGGUCGGAACUGCUCCGCCUACACCAGCUGCCCUUCCAGCCAUCUUGUGGACUCAAGCAAUUUCUCGGAGACCCUGUAACUAUUAGACAGUGGACCCUGUGGGGGCUGCCAAAUGAUGAGCUAUCUAUUCAAAAUGGCAUAAUCAUGGACCGCGCGAGGCGCUGGCCCUUCAUGAUUGACCCACAGGGUCAGGCAAACCGUUUUAUUAAGAGAAAUGGCAAGGCCAGUGAAACUGGCUUUGAAGUAUUGAAGCUGUCCGAUACUACUUUCAUGAGGGAAAUUGAACUUUCCAUUCAACUUGGGAAAUGGGUUCUCAUUGAAAACGUUUCAGAAACUUUAGAUCCAGGACUCGACCCAAUUCUUCUGCAGCAAAAGACGAAGAGUGGCUCAGGCUUGGAAGACCAAAUGCUUGGUCUUGUAGUGACAAAAGAAGCACCACAGCUGGAAGAGCGAAAAGCUGCAUUGGCGCAGAGCAAUGCCGAUAUGCGCCGCGAGCUACAAGAUCUUCAGGACAAAAUCCUCCAGGUUAUGUCACAGUCGCAAGGGAACAUCCUGGAUGAUGAAGUCUUGCUGAAUACUCUAGCAGCAUCCAAGCAGACGUCUGAAGAAAUCCAGGAAAAGGUCCAGGAGGCGGAAGUGACUGAGCGCGAGAUUGACGAAGCUCGGCAGUGCUAUAGGAAAGUAGCAGCCCGCUGCAGCCAACUCUUUUUCUGCCUGGUUGAACUGGCAUGCAUCGAGCCUAUGUAUCAGUAUUCGCAACAAUGGUUUCAAAACUUGGUCUCAAUUGGCAUCAGCGAAGCCCCCACAACUCCAAAUAUCGAACAGCGUACUCAGUUGCUCGUGGAUCACCUCUCCUACUUAGUGUAUCAAAACGUGUCCAGAUCUCUCUUUGUACGGCACAAACUUCUCUUUGCUUUCGCUCUCAGCUUGCGAGUGCAAGCAAAAACCCCGGUAGAACCUGCAGAACUACGUUUUCUCCUGACGGGAACUGUAGCUACAUCCGGGAACAAGCAAAAUCCCAUAUCCUGGCUCACGGAGAAGCAGUGGCAGGCAAUAUGCGAGCUUUCGCAUCUCCAAGCUUUCAACGGGCUGGAUGAAUCGCUUCGACAAGAAGAAGAAGGUUUUCGACGCGUCUUCGACUCACUUCAAGCCGAUCAAGAACCAUUGCCUGGGCGGUGGCAGAGUCUUAACUCGAUCCAGAAAAUGUGCAUCCUUCGGAUUAUCCGGAUGGACUCCUUAACCGCUGCUGCAAGCAGCUACGUGGCGUCGGAGCUAGGAGUUCGUUUUUUGGACCCCCCGCCAUUUGACUUGGCGCAGUGUUAUAAAGACUCCACCUCGCAAACGCCGUUAAUUUUCAUUCUGUCGCAAGGCUCCGAUCCCGUAUCUGAGCUCCACAGCUUCGCAAAGGAGAUGAAGAUGAGCAGGCGAUUUGAUUCAAUCUCAUUAGGACAAGGCCAGGGGCCCAAAGCAGCGAAGCUGAUUGAAGAAGGGUGCAGUAGGGGUGGAUGGGUACUUUUGCAAAACUGCCAUCUUGCUUCUUCGUGGAUGAAUGAGCUUGAACGCAUAUGCGAGCAGUGGAACCCCGAAGAAGUACAUCGUGAUUUUAGGCUAUGGCUAACCUCCAUGCCAUCGCCAUCCUUCCCAGUUUCCGUUCUACAGAACGGAGUGAAAAUGACUAAUGAACCCCCCAAAGGGCUCAAGGCAAACUUGCAGCGCCUUUACGCCGGCAUAGACAAUCGACAACUCAACGCGACACAACAUCCUUCCCAUUUCAAAAGGCUAUUUUUUGCAUUUUGCUUCUUCCAUGCGGUGGUGCAGGAACGCCGGCGUUUCGGACCCAUCGGGUGGAACAUCCAUUACGAAUUUACUCAAGAUGACCUUAUCGUAUGUCAAAGGCAACUAAGAAUUUUUUUGGAUGCAAGCGACAGAAUCCCUUUCAAGGUUCUUCGUUUUCUCGGGGCCCGAAUAAACUAUGGUGGGCGUGUCACUGAUGCGAACGACAAGAGGCUCAUUGACUUCAUUCUCCACACCUACGUAAACGAAAGGCUUAUUGAAGAGGGCGCAGCCUACAAAUUUUCAAAGUCGGGAAUCUACUACUGCCCUGAUGAAGAAGACGUCGAGGGGUUUCAGAAAUAUAUUGCCUCAUUGCCAGCAAAUGCCCAGCCAGAAGUUUUUGGUCUCCAUGAGAAUGCGAAUAUCAACUGUGCCCAAAUGGAGGGGAAGGAGCUGCUUGACGGCAUAUUGUCGAUGGCACCACGAAGCAGUUCGGCUGGUUCGACGUGCCGCGAGUCUGCCAUUUCCGAUCUUGCUGCUCAUGUGCAAUCCCUUCUUCCUGCUUUAUUCGACGUCGAAGCAAUUCAACAAAAAUAUCCUACCCGCUACGACGAAUCCAUGAAUACAGUGGUGGUGCAAGAGGCCAUUAGGUACAAUGGGCUGUUAGCAAUUAUGAAUAAAACAAUGAAGGACCUCCAGCUUGCGAUCAAGGGCAGAAUAGUGAUGACGGAGGAACUGGAGAAGAUAUCGGCCGCUCUCUUCGAUAACCAAGUUCCAAAGGUGUGGUCGGAUAGAGGUUUUGUCUCAAUGAAGCCUUUAGGCUCAUGGCUGAAGGACCUAACGGCCAGACUUGCGUUCCUUAACGGUUGGAUUGAACAAGGGCCACCCAAAUGCUACUGGAUGUCAGGAUUCUUCUUCCCCCAGGCAUUUCUAACAGGCGUGCUCCAAAACUAUGCACGGAAAUACCGCGUUGCCGUCGAUAGGCUUUCGUUCGCAUAUACUGUUCUAAAGGUGACGGACGGAUCUUCGGUAGGAGAAGCUCCAGAGGACGGCUGCUUUGUACACGGCAUUUUCUUGGAAGGUUGUCGAUGGGACGCAGACAGAGGAACGCUGGCUCCUUCUCGCCCGAAAGUGCUAUUUGAUGAGCUCCCAGUUGUGUGGUUCCUACCCCAAAGGGAUCGCGUGCACGAAUCGAGAACAGUUUACAUGUGUCCCUUAUAUAAAGUGCCUAGUCGCAAGGGGACACUUUCCACAACAGGCCAUUCGACGAACUACAUCACUAGCAUGGAGCUUCCUUGCUUUGACCCCCCUGACGUGCCCAUAAAAGCUGGGGUAGCUGCACUUCUUGCACUUCAGGAUUAA